AUGGCGCUCGUCUUCUCGGUCAGCGCCGGCAGUCACGAGAAGCCCGAAGGAUUCUCCGGACCCCCUGGAGGCUUCAGCGGACACCCGGGAGGUCACCACGGCUUCUCUGGAGCUCCCUUCACCGGAUCGGGACGCCCUGAUUUUGGCCGCUUCACCGGCUCCGGACGCCCCGACUUCAAGGGAUUCCCUACUACCCCCAAGGCC